AUGGCAGCAAACCCUCCCCCUCCCCCUCCCCCACAGCUCACCAUCGACUCCAGCGCGCUCGACCGCCCCCCCAAACGCCGCCGCACAGCGGUGCCCCCGCCGCCCGCCUACGACGACGCCGCCGCCGUGCUCCCAGAACACAUCGUCGCCGACCUGCUCAACCGCAGCACGGCCGCGAUCAUGAAGUCUGUCGGCUUUGACGGCGCCACCCGACACGCACAGGAGCGCAUGCGGCAGCUGGCUGAAGACUACCUCCUACAAAUGCUCCACACAAUCCAGCUCUUCUCGCACGCCGGCCGCCGCACGCGCCCCACCGUCUUCGACUUCCAAGACAUGCUCACCGCGCACCACCUUCCGCUCUCCACGCUCGAACCCGAGCUGCACCGCUUCCCCCCCACCCCUUCCACCCCGCACCCACGCGCGCCCUCGCCGCCGCCGCCGCCGCCCCCCGACCUCACACAGCUGCUCGGCCCGUCGCUCGCCGGCGCGCCGCGCGACGACCACCUGCCGCCGUAUCCGAGCCGCCACACGUAUCUGUCGACGCCGGUGUACACGGCGCGGCCCGUGUCGCCGCGGCAGAUCCGCGAGCGCGCGACGGAGGAGGCGCGGCUGGCGGAGAAUGCGCUCAGGAAGUUGUUGGCGGUGGGGGCGGGGGCGGGCGGGGUGGUGGAGGAGGGGGUGGUGGGGGGGGGGAGGAGGGAGAGGGAUGAGGCGUGGAGGAGGGCGUGGGAGGGGGUCAAGGGGGGUGGGGGGGAGGGCGGCGUGGAGGGGGUGGUGAAUGCGGAGAGGAGGUUUUGGAGGAAGGGGAGGAGGGGGAGGGGGAAGGUGUAG